AUCAAUUUAAACACUAUGAACGGUAAUUCAAAUCAACCAAUGAACGCAUCACCUCAAUCAAUAGACAAUCAAUACCAACAACAAUAUCAACAAUAUCCUCAAUAUCAAAAUCAACAAUUAUUUCAACAACUUCCUAAUCCAAUGUCAACUCAACAAAAUGGACAAUUUUAUGAACAACAACCAUCUGCUAUUAAUCCACAACAAGCUCCACAACAAAUUGAUAUGGUUUAUAUUAAAAAUCUUAUUGAACAAUACUUACAAUAUUAUUAUACUUAUCAACAAAUCAUUUUCGAAUUAGAAAAAAAAGGUAUUUCAAAAGAUGCUACAACUGUUGUACUACAAGCUCUUAUUUCUCAAAAUAAAGAUUACUUUACAGCUUAUGAAAUUCGUGUGAAUUUAAAUGAUCAAAUCGAUAGAUUCAAUAAAUUCAUUAGAAGGUAUUUCCAAGUCUCAGCUCAACAACAGGUCAUCCAACAACAACCCCAACAACAAAUUUUAACUCAACCUCAACCCCCACAAGUCUUACAACAAGGACAACAACAAGUCCAACAACCUGGACUACAACUUGGUUCUUCUGAUAUGUCAGGAGAAUUUGCUAAUAGUUUUAUUUCAUCUUUCCAAGGAGAUCAAUCAAUGGGGAUGUAAUUGAAAGUUUUUUAACAC